AUGAAAACUUGCCCUCUCGUCAGCAACCUCUGGAAGGAGGUUUUUGCGCAUAUUUCAUCCCGCGACAUAUACGUUCCAACGGUUGCGUAUCUCGUCCACCUCAGCACUGUCAUUCGCACCAAUAGCUCCGUUAUCUACUGUUCUGAUCUUUUCCAAUCCACCCGUACAAUUACCCGCCAUGUCGACCUCACCGAAACUACCGGUGACGUCGCCAUGGAGCCCUACUCAGCCCUAUGUAGCUUGCCUAAUCACUCUGGCUUUCGCAGAUGCUUUCCGAAUAUCGAGAGAAUACAUUUGGAGGUCAACUACUGCAUCCGAGGCGGCUGGCACGAGCUCAUACUGUGCCACCAACAGCUCAUCCGGACGCAUAUAUCCAUAGCGCUUGACCAAGCGAUGACCGAGCUCAGUGUCCUACCUGUCGCUUGGCACAUCGUUGCGGAGAAUCCAGAGGUCGAUCACGUUGGUGGCGUCAUCGCUGAUGUUCACUGGGACAUCUUCCUGAGGGAGGUCACUCUAGCAGUCGCCCCAGGAAUGCUGUGUUGCAUCAGGAAGGAUCCGUUCAAGGACACGGUAUCGAAAUCGACAUACGUCGGUGGUCUGCUGCAUUUCCGAGGACACGCUCUCCUUGCCGAAAGAAUGGGUGAUGUGCGACAUAUAAAUUAUUACUUCCGGAAGACUGCCUCAAAACCUCCAGGUUUGUGGGCCCUGAUAGGCGAAGUAUACGAAGAUAUGAAGGGAGCGUUCAUCCCUUCUGCGUCCGUCUAUUCGUGCUGGAAGACUAUCUUGGGCGAAGCGCCUGGACAACGAAAGCUCUGA